UUUGAAAUUUCGUCGCCAAUGUUAACCAUAGCAUUUGACAAUAUCGCAGUGCUUAGCACAGAUAGCAACAGAGUUCUAGUUCGUUUUCCUAGUUACGAAAUAUAAGCGGGAGUGCAUUCUCGUCCGGCACAUAUAUGUUUGAUCUUAUCUAGCGUUAGAAUUCCGCUGUAUGCGGAAACCCGAUGCUCAUUGCAGUUAUCUAUCGAUAUGAUUAUCUGGCCUCGAGUUUAUUUAAAGGUAGCAAAGUCUACCAUGUCCCUUAGAGUUUGCUAUCUGUAUCAGAGAUAUACUAGCUACAAACUGACCAAAAAUGAGCUCAGAGAAGAAAGACGCCAGUGAGCUUGCCAUCAAGCAAGUAAGCUCGCAAGAAAACGGGAUAAGCACGUUUAUAUCACCAAACACGGGCAAACCUGUUGUUAUCACGGGUGAUGGAGAUGAUGCAGUUGCGUACGCAGAAAAUUAUGAGGACUCCUUUGAACUAGACCCCGAGGAAGACAAGAAAUUGCUUCGAAAAAUUGAUUUGUACUUGUUGCCCUUGAUCUGUACAACUUAUUGCGUGCAGUUUAUGGAUAAGCAAACAAUCUCCUACGGUGCAAUCCUCGGUUUGAGGACCGAUUUGAACAUGGUUGGUGACCAGUAUUCGUGGGCCGGAUCGGCGUUUUACUUUGGCUACCUUUUUUAUGAAUUUAUCGGCUCCUACACACUUCAGAGGUUCAAUCUUUCAAAGAUGUUGUCUAUAUAUGUGGUUCUUUGGGGAUUGAUUCUUUGUUUGCAUGCGGUUCCUCAAUAUGCUGGCUUUGUUGUCUUGAGAGUAAUUUUGGGUGCGCUUGAAUCCUCUGUCACUCCCGCAUUCAUGAUCAUCACGUCCCAAUGGUACAAAAAAGAAGAGGUCUUUUUCAGAACAGCGCUCUGGUUUGCUUGCAAUGGUAUUGGCACAUUACUUGGCUCCGGUGCAAUUGCUUACAAUGUUUACAAGAACAUGGACAGUUAUAGUAUCAGUCCUUGGAAGUUGAUCUUUAUUAUAACAGGAACAAUCACCAUAGCCUUGGGUGUGGCAAUAUUCUUCCAUAUUCCAAGCAAACCAACCGAUGCUUGGUUUUUGACGGAGAAAGAAAAGAAAAUGGUGGUAGAAAGAAUCAGAAACAACCAGCAAGGUUUCGGUAAUAAGCACUUCAAGAAAGAGCAACUCAUUGAAACAUUGUUGGAUCGCAGAACCUGGAUUUUGUUCGCCAUGGGUGUCUUGGGUAACAUUCCAAACGGAGGUUUGACUAACUUUGGUUCCAUCUUGUUGAACGAAAAGCUAGGAUAUUCAACCGGAGAAAGUUUGUUGAUGGGAAUGCCAUUUGGUGCAGUAGAAAUAGGUGGUCUUGUUUUGAUCUGCUACUGCUACAGGUUUUAUCCGUAUCGCUUGUUCUGGUCGGUUUUGACGUUCUGUAUUGUCUUGAUGGCCACAUGUUUUCUUGCUUUCUCCGACAAUCAAACGUUGCAAUUCGCUGGGUACUCGAUGACAUCUCUCUUGGCAAUUUCCUCUAUUUUUAUUUUGUCGUUGAUUGCCUCAAAUUGUGCUGGGCAUACAAAAAAGGUCACCACCAGCGCUAUCUAUUUAAUCGGAUACUGUGUGGGUAACUUAAUUGGUCCACAGACAUUUGUUUCUAAUCAGGCACCUUCUUAUACUAGCGCUGUGGUGGCAAUGGUGGCCUGUUUCAGCAUAGUUAUUGUGUUGAUGUUGAUUCUUUGGGUUGACUACUAUCUUGACAACAAGAGACGAGACGCAAACAUGGAUAGCGAUUUGGUCAGAGAAUUCCAGCAGCUUGAAAACCAUGAGUUUGCUGAUUUGACUGACAAACAAAACCCUCUUUUCAGAUACACCAUUUAGUUCGCUUUAUGGACUAAGUAUAGGAUAUUUGGUAAUCAUAAAGAACUAGUUGUAUUCUACUCCUGUAUCUAAAGUUGAAGUGUUGAAGAGGUUAGACUUUUGUAACACUGAAACUUUAGCUGUUAGGCUAUCAAAACAAGCCUUCAAGACGACAAUUUGCCCAUCAACAAGGUAUGAUGUGCAUUCUUGUGGAAAAACGAAUACAUAUUGUGCAGAGCAACGUUUAGUGCGUGUCCAGCAAGCUCUUUUUUUUGUUAGAUUCAUCUGAUUAGAGGGGCAAA